AUGGACUUGGUUUAUACGGAGCUAACGACGGUUUUGGUGCUUGCGGUGCUUACGGCGCCAUUGACGGUUUCGGUGCUUACGGUGCUUUUGAAGGAAUUGGCCCUUACGGAGCUCACCGGCGCUCUGCCGUUCUUGGGAACCGUGGCUCUAGAAGGAGCUGUGCCAACUGCCGGUUCUGGUGCUGUCAACUACGGCUGUGGCAAUGGAGCCGUCGCCAUAUUGGCUGAGGACCUCGCCCCCGCUGGCAUCGCUGGUCCACUCGGCUACGGCAUCGGUGCCCGGGGUGCGGAAGGUUUCGGCUACGGUCCUUAUGGCAACGGAAUCAAUGGCCUUGCUGGACCCUUCCGUGGCGGCUGUGGAUGUGGCGCAUUAAUCUAA